AUGGCUCUGCUCUUCAGCGAUGAGGAGGUCCAGCAGGCCUGGACCGAGCUGGACGAGCCGCAGCUCGACGGAGGAUGGGAGUUCUUCACCGAGACCAUGAACGUCAAAAUAUACCGACUCUACAGCAAGGAAACGGGUCUGUACGAGUACAAAGUCUUCGGUUCUCUGACCGGCUGCGCUCCAGAUCUCUGCGCAGAUGUCUACAUGGAUCUGAACUACAGGAAACAGUGGGACUCCUAUGUCAAAGAGCUGCACGAGAAGGACUACGGCGGACAGAAAGCCAUAUACUGGGAAGUGAAAUAUCCACUACCUCUGUCCAACAGAGAUUAUGUGUACGUGCGGGAGCGCCGGGAUCUGGACGUGGGGGGACGUAAGAUCUGUGUGGUGUUAGCCAAGAGCUGGUCUGUGUCUCAGUGUCCAGAGAAGAGGGGCGUGAUCCGGGUCAAAGACUACAAGCAGAGUCUGGCCAUGGAGAGCGACGGCUCCGGCGGCACCAAAGUGUUUAUGAACUACUUUGACAAUCCUGGAGGAAUGAUCCCGUCGUGGCUGGUGAACUGGGCGGCGAAGACGGGCGUCCCUGCUUUCCUCACCGACAUGAAGAAGGCCUGCAGUAACUACAGCAGCUACUGCAAUAACAGCAAGUGAUGCUCCAGCUUCUGUUUCCUGUCAGGAGGGCAUUCUGGGUAGACGUACUGCUGUUUGUGUGGUGAUCGGAGAAAACUGGAGUCUGGAGUCCUUCAUUAUUGUUCUUUUGU